AUGGCGGCGCGUCCUCCCGCCGGUGCCUGCGGCGAAGGGCCAUCGGUGUCGGCAGGGAGGGCCGAUCUCAUCACCAGCCUGCCGGACGAGGUCCUCAGCGCCAUCGUAUCCCUCCUCCCCAUCAGGGACGGCUGCCGCACGCAGGCCCUCUCCCGCCGGUGGCGCCCUAUAUGGCGUGCCGCGCGCAUCAACCUCGACGACGUCGCCGACAUGCACGUCUCCAGGAUCCUCUCCUACCGCUACGACCGCACGGAACCCCGCGAGGUUGUCGGCGUCGGCACCUGGACCCGCUCCUGGGAUCUGCUGGAGGUCGAGCUCUCCCUGGCGUGCAGGGAAGAGCGCAGCAGCACCGUGCCCGCGAUCCGCACGGUGAGAUUCGGCUGCCGCCGCCUGCCGCCCAGCCUGCCUGCGGAUUUCCCGCACCUCCGGCAGCUCAGCCUGCACGGUGUCACGCUGACGGAGGAGGCGCUCAGGGCCGUGCUCUCGGGCUGCCCAGCGUUGGAGAGCCUUCUGCUGGCGGAGAGCGUGGGCGCUCCAUGCCUCCGCAUCAGUUCCCCGACUCUCCAGAGCAUCGGCUUCUGUGCUCCUUGGGACAAGCAAGCUGCCGAUGGCAGUGCCAAUGUCGGAGAGAUGGUAAUCGAGGAUGCCCCCCGCCUCGUGAGGUUGCUCCCACUCAAUCCAGACCAUGGUCCAGCGACGAUCCGGGUGAUCCGGGCUCCUAAACUAGAGGCAGCAGGCUAUAUUCUUCUUGAUAUGUACUGCUUAUUUUUCUUCACUUAG